UAUUACACUAUUAUUUACUACGCAUGUGAUAGCGAAUUAUUCGACAUAUUAUACGAGACUCAUAUUCGAAUUGGUCACAGCGGAAGAGAUCGCAUGAUGAAAGAGCGGCACAUGAAGCAGUGCGACAUCAAUCCUUCGCUGUGGGAGCAGCAGGCUGCCAAACGGCCGGAGUGGAGAGCGCUAGUUAAAUAUAGCGUUAAAGCCUUCGAAAACCGGCGGCUCCUUGAGCUAGAUGCCAGACGCGACGAGCUGAAAGCCCGACCACCUGUGGCUAUCAGCUAUAAUUCCGUGAACGGUGUGCUCCAAAAAAAAAACAUUAAAAAAGGCAUUGUUGUGAAGCCUAUUAUAUCCUCAGAGUUUAAUUCUAGGUGCCAAGUAGAUCUGAUAGAUUUUCAGUCCCAGCCCGACGGUGAUAACAAAUUUAUAAUGGUGUAUCAAGAUCAUUUAACAAAAUUUGUUGUUUUACGGCCACUUAAAACAAAACGAGCUGAGGAAGUGGCUCACACUUUAUUGGACAUAUUUACUCUACUUGGUGUUCCUGCAAAACUUCAAUCUGACAACGGCAGAGAAUUUUCAAACCGAAUUAUUGACAAUUUAAAAAUAUACUGGCCUACUUUAAAAAUUAUUCAUAGUAAACCCAGGCAUUCGCAAAGUCAGGGGAAUAUGGAAAAAGCGAAUCAGGAUAUUGAAAAUAUGCUAACCACGUGGAUGCAAGAUAAUAAUUCACAUUGGAGUGAGGGUUUGAGAUUUGUCCAACUGAUGAAAAAAGAGCUUUUUAUGCUGGUAUCAAGCAAUCUCCAUAUGAGGCUCUUUUUGGGUAUAAAAUAA